AUGCCUCUAGCCAGACAACUGCUUCUUAAGAUGAGACUCUGGGAACUUCUGCCAUUCCUGGUUCCCUUCAUCUUCUUGUGGGGCAUCCAGGAACCUGAGCUGGCAGAGGGGUUCUUUAUGAAAGCGUGCCCAAAUUACAGAGCAACGUGUAACUAUGAAGAAACAAAAGAGUGUUCAAGGCACAGACACUGUCCAAAUAAGCAAAAGUGCUGCCUGUUUGGCUGUGGAAAAAAAUGCAUCGACCCCAACAUAGACGUGUGCAGUCUGCCCCAGGAUUCUGGUCCCUGCUUGGCUUAUUUUCCACGCUGGUGGUAUAAUAAAAAAACUGGGCUCUGUACCCAAUUCAUCUAUGGUGGUUGCCAAGGGAACCUUAACAACUUCCAAAGUGAAAGUAUCUGUACAUCCAUCUGUAAAAAAUGA